UCGCAGCGCCGGAAUCCUGUCUAAAUGCUCUUCCCUACCAGUUUAGUCUACGAAAGCCACUCCUUUGCAUUCCCUACAAGCCCAAUCAUCUCUGAUCAGACCUAGUCUAGAGCACAGGCCCCUUCACUUACUUGUGUAUAUAAAGUCGCCACCUUUCCAGGCAUAGAUAGAACCUCAGUUCUUCCAAGAUAUAUCAUCUUAUUGUGUCUUAGCCGCCAUCGUGUUGACGCCGCAAUCAUACACUGUCCAAAAUGAGAUUCAACUCUGCUAUUCUAGGCCUAGUCUUGCACACCACCGCCAUCUCCGCAGCAGACUGUGGCCAAUAUGGCGUUGGCAGUACAGGCAUUGGGGCCUGCACCGACCGUAACGGCAACUACCAAGACCGCCAGACAUUCUGCACCACGCUUGUAGGACAAGGGAAUUGGAGGCGGAAGUGCGAGCAUGGGCGCAACAGCGGCAGCUGCCACUUUGAGUAUCAGGGCCCCGGGAUGCCUCAGCAAUUGUGCUGGGACGCGUUUGAGAACAUCAUCAACCAGUGCUUCCAAACUCAGAACGGUGGUGGAUAUCACUAUGGCACGUAUUCGUAUGAUAAUCACUGGUUUGUGAUCGAUAGAUGCAGCGGGUGAUUGCCUGCAAGGCGCAAAGCUAUACGGAGCAGGUAAUGGCAUUGAGAGAGACGGGAGCUGGAGCUGGAGCUGGAGCGACUUAGAAGCAAAUUGACUAAGAGUUGUGUGGUGGAUGUGAAUGACGCGCGCCUGAUCGUAUAUAUGCAAA